GGCGUUCGCAGCUCCACGUGCCGUUUGCCCCGCACUGCCACUUCCCUGUGGGGCGCGAUGAUGUCGGCACUAUGACGCGCAUGCUCCUGCGCAUAAGCCUGAAGCUCGCUAUCCUCACCUUGUUUUCAUUGUCCAUACUGCAAAGCUCACUACGUUCAGUCCUGGUUGAGCUACCACCUCUAAGCAACACACAACAUACAACACACACAACACACACAACACACACAACACACACAACACACACAACACAUACAACACAUACAACACAUACAACACACACAACACAUACAACACACACAACAGCAUGGCAGACUUCGCGCCUCCACCAGGCCCGCCGCCACCAAAGGUUCCUGAGGGCUGGAAAGCCGUGUGGAACGACCAAUACCACGAAUGGUUCUUCGUGAACCUCUACACCAAGCAGUCGUCAUGGGAGAAGCCCACCGAGCCCGUCUACCCGCCCGGCGAAGCACCGCCAUCGGGCGCACCCCCGAGCUACGGCGGCGUCGCCUCCUCCCACCCGACCGGCACAAGCGAGAAGUCGACCUUCAGCAGCAACAACCCGUACGGCAGCCAGCAGCCCGGCAUCAGCGAAGACGAGAAGCUCGCACGCAAACUGCAGGAGGAAGAGCAGACGCGCGCGGGCCGCAGCUCCGGCGACGCAAACCGCGGCGCCAGCAACGACUACUACGGACAGCCGCAGGGCGGGUACGGCGCCUCGGGGCCCAGCGUCGCAGGCGCAGCGCACUCGGGAGGGUAUCCUGCGCCGGGGGGCUACAGCCAGGAACAGUCGUACCAGCCGCAGCAGCAGCAGCAGCAGCAGCAGUACGAUGACCAGAGCCGCGGGAAGAGCAAAGGCGGCAUUCUGGGCAAGCUCAUGGGCAAGGUCGGGGGAGGGAGUCACGGCUCGUCGCACCAGCCGCAGGGAUACGGACAGCCUGCGUACGGAGGGCAGAGCAUGUACGCUUCGCAGGGCGCGUACGGACGUCCUGGGUACGCGAUGCCUGCGGGCCGUCGUCCUGGAGGCGGCGGCAUGGGCGCUGGUGGCAUUGCCAUGGGCGCUGGUGCGGGUCUGCUUGGUGGCGCGAUGCUUGGGAGCGCGAUGGGCGAUUCGGGCGACCACGGGGACACAUAUGUGGAGAACAACUACGGCGACGAUGGAGGGGACAUGGGCGACGACGGUGGUGACAUGGGCGACAUGGGCGGUGAUUUCUAAGCUCCGGCACCCUCUUUUCUCCUGACAUCUUCUUGGACCGUCAACACUGUGGUACCGUGCCAGUGCCAGCGUAGUAAUGUCUAUCUCGAUCCCCAACCCGUCCGCUGCUCUGUCAUCUCUCUGCACGUUACCGCC